AUGUCUGCUCCAACGAAAGUCACCUUCCCAUCCUUCAUGCUGCAGAUCAGCGGCGAGCUCUACGCUCCCGUUGCUGGCGCCCCCAACCGCAAUGGCGCUGCUGUUGUGAUCAGCCACCCCAUGACCGGUGUUAAAGAACAAACCGCUGCAGACCAUGCCCGGCUUCUAUCCAAAGCCGGGUUCUACGCCCUUACGUUUGACGCCGGUUAUCAGGGCGAAAGCACUGGACAGCCACGUGGGCUAGAAGAUCCACAUCAGAGAGUCGAGGAUAAUAAGGCUGCUGUGAGCUACUUGAGCACGUUGAAGGGCAAAGUCGAUCCCGGCCGGAUUGGUGUGCUCGGUAUCUGCGCCUCAGGUGGUUAUACAUCCUAUGCUGCGCAGUCUGACAGCCGUAUCAAGGCACUUGCUACCGUGAGUGCCGCUUGCGUUGGUCGUAUGACCCGCAAUGGAGGUCUACACAAGGAGAACAACAAGGAAGUCCCUGAAGCCAUCGCUGGUGCACUUCAGGCAGCCGGCCAGUGGCGGACGAGUGUGGCCAACAACCCCAACAUUGAAGCCCCGCCUAUGUUCAGCAGUGAUAUCUCUCAAAUUCCGGAGGACGCAGACUCCUUCUUCAAAGAAGCCGCCUCAUAUUACGGAUCCAAGCGGGGAAACCAUCCCCGUUCAGACCAGAAAGUUCCACCAUCUAGCUACGAUCUCAUGAUCGGCUAUGACUCAUUUAACCUCCAACACCUGAUCUCCCCACGGCCAUUAUUGAUGGUCGCUGGAUCCAAGGCCGAGACUCUUCACUACAGUGAGAACGCUGUUGCUGCAGCCCGUGAACCCAAGGAACUGUUCGUCGUCGAAGGGAAGAACCAUUUUGACCUCUAUGAUGACCUUACAGUGUCUGGUCCGAAACUUGUAGAGUUUUUCGGAAAGAAUCUUUAA